AUGUCCCCGACCCCAGCCCCAGUCAUCCUCAUCAUCCCCGGCUCCUUCUCCACCGCGCAAAUGUACUACCCCCUCCAAGCCGCCAUGACGGCCCUCCUCCCCACGCAAGAAAUCUACGUGGCCAACCUGCCCAGCGCGAUCCGCAACCCGCCCGAACAGCCGGCCACGCUGCAAGACGACGCGACUUUUUUCCGCGGGUUGAUCGAGAAGUUAGCCGGAGCCGAAGCCGAGCAGGCCGAAUCCAACCAGGCGGGGUCCAAGGCGGAAUCCAAGGACGGAUCCAGGGACAUCAUCGUCGUCGCGCACUCGUACGGCGGCGUCGUCGCGACAGAGGCCCUGCGCGGCGUAUCGAAGCAGGAACGCCUCAAGGCAGGGAAAAGCGGAGGUGCUAUCCGGGUAGUGUACCUCGCCGCGCACGUCCCGAAGAUGGGGUCCAGUCUGGAAGAUACGGUCGGCCCGCCCCCGGAGGGGAUGGUGGGUGUCGGGGAGGACAACUUCCUCCGGUUCCUCGACGUCGAGACCAUCGCCAACGCGACGUUUGCUGACCCGGACUAUCCGUUCGAGCUUGCGCUAGCGUUUGUGCGUUCCAUGGGCAGACACUCCAACGCCAGUUUUCAGGGUAAAGUGACGUAUGAAGGGUGGAGGGACGUGAAUGUGUCGUGGAUCCUGUGCGAAAGGGAUCUCAUCAUCCCGCCGUCCGUGCAGAGGGGGUAUGUUGAUCGGAUUGCCGAGCAGAGUGGGCGGGAGGUCGAUCUGCAUGUUUUGGACGCGGGGCAUGCUCCGAAUGUGACGGCGGUGGAGGCGCUAGCGGAGGUGCUUGUUAAGAUUGUGCAGAAGGAGGUGGCAGAUCAGACGAGAUGA